UUGAUAUAUAUACAUCAAAGAAGGAGAGCAAAAGUCAUCAACCUAAGACUUGCAACCAAGUUUUUGCCUUCAUCAACUAAAUAUUAAUGGCUUCUUCUCGAGUUUGCAAAUCCUCUUACCAUGCUCGUUCUAUCAGUUUACCAUCAAGACCACACGCAAUUACUGACCAAUUUAAUGAACAGCUACACAGAUUGAGGUCUUCUCAAGCUGCCACCACAUCUUCUUCCUCAUCACCAAGCCGCAGCCUUAGCGGCCUAAAUUACUUGUACGACUGUGUGGAUGAGUUGUUUCAGAUGCCUCUUCAUCAACAGAUCCUCUCCCAAAAUCGGCAGGCGGAAUGGGUUGAGGAAGUUUCGGAGGGAUAUCUAAAGCUCCUUGACAUUUGUGGCACAUCCAGGGAUGCCUUGCUACAGUCAAAGAAAAAUCUCCAAGACAUUCAUUCAAUUCUGCGCAGAAGGUGCAGUGGCGAAUUGGAUAUUACCAAUGAAGCUGAAAAAUACUUAAACACCAGAAAGACAGCCAAGAAAACAAUCAAGAAGUGCUUGAAAUGUAUCAAGGAAGCUGGCCAAAAUAAAAGCAGUAGUGCCAUUGAGAAUAUGCUGAAAGAUGUAGAAACGAUAACAAUUGAUGUCUUAAAAUCACUGUUGUCUCAUAUUGCGGGUGUUAAGUUACAAUCACAAAAAACCAGAUGGUCUGUGCUUUCCAAAUUAAUCAACCAAAGUGCCGUAAAAGCAGCCGCUACAUCGAGCAGUGCAUUUGUCGUUGUUGAUGCUACUCUAGACUCAAUGAUCUGCCAGAAGAAAAAUGCUGCAGAUAUGUCUAAAGUCGAAGACAUAAGGUGCCAAAUGGUGAAUUUGGAGUCCGAAAUUCAAGAUCUUGUUGAAGUCGUAGAAUACUUGUUUAGGAAUCUUAUUAAGACUAGAGCAACUCUUCUCAACAUUCUUAGCAGUUUCGAAGAGAAUUUAUGUAGAUUAGGGUCUUCCCAAACUGCCUCCACUUCAUCCUCAUCAGUAAGCCACAAUCUUAGCAUCCUUGGAGACUUGUAUACCUGUGUUGAUGAGCUGCUUCACUUGCCCAUCAAUCAACAAAGCAUCACUCAAGAUUGCCGAGCAAAAUGGCUUAAUGAUAUGUUAGAUGAGUCUCUAAGGCUACUGGACAUCUGCACCAAUGAUAAGGAUGCUCUGUUGCAAAUAAAAGAAAGCAUCCAAAAUAUCCAGUCUGUUCUCCACAGAAGAUUCAGUGAUGAAUUGAUCAUUGAUAUUGAAAUUGUCCAGUACAUGUAUGCCAGAAAGAUGAUCAAGAAAACAACUAAAAACUGCUUGAAAGAUAUGAAGAAAGUUUCUAAUAAUGAUGCCACUAGUCCUAUUGCAGGCAUGUUGAAGGAGGUGGAAACAAUGACUGCUGAGAUCCUUAACUCUAUGCUAGUAUACAUAGGUGGAUCCAAAACGCUACCAAUGAAAAACGGUUGGUCUCUGGUGAGUAAAUUAGUCCACCAGAAGUCUGACAAAGAAUCAACAGCAACCACGAGCAGGUUUGAUGAUCUCGAUUCUGUAUUGAGUACCCUAAUUUCCCAAAAGAAGAAAAUCAGCAUCAACAUGAUGCAUGUAGACAGCUUAACAAAUCAGAUGGGACAACUAGAAUCUGAAAUUCAAGAUCUUGAUGGAGCAUUGGAAAUAAUGUUCAGGCAUCUAGUUAAGACUAGAGCAACUCUAUUGAACAUUCUUAGCAACUAGAACUAUCAACAAAGAAUCAAGAGUACCAAUUUUGUAAAUGAUACUGUAAAUUAUAAAUAAUAUACACUUAUUUACAAUUAAAAUUUCCCUCACAUAUCCUCUAUCUGUCUUGUUAAACACUUUUUAUUUUUCCAUUCUUUCUCAAGGAAGUCAGCCAUUCUACAAAUACAAAAAUUAGAAAGUGAACUAGAAGAUAUGAAAACGAAUAAGAAAAUUGAAAAUGAAAACAAAGGAAUGAAGGAGGGGGAGGUGAAGGUGUCCAACAGUGAAAAUUCUUGCUCUUACAGUAAUUCAAAAAAACUCUCUUGACAAAAACGAGAGAUCAAAUUAGAUUACAUCACAUCACUCCCUUUAAAUUUAUUAAAUGAAUUAAGCUAAAAAAUAUGCUUAUAUGAUGCAUUUUUUCCCCAUU